UCUUUCUCCGCCCCUCUCGGACGGGGAGGGCGCGGGGAUCGUCCGGGGUUAACCACCCGGGGCUUGCGAGCCGGGCGUGGCGUAAAACAAAAGUUUUGCAGCCACGUGGGUGGCUCGUGGAGGGGGAUCGAUCAGUCCGUGUGGAGGGUGGGCCGGGGUUUUUUUUUUAACCCCUGCUCCAGACGCCAUUGGAGCUUCACUGAGCGCUGGAGCUGCCGCCGUCCGAGAAGUCGCCAUGCCCCCCGCGGAGAUCAUCAGCGGCAAGACCGUUUCCGCGCAAGUAAGGCAGAGACUGAAGGACAGAGUGGCAGAAAUGAAGGAGAAAGUCCCAGGUUUCAGACCAGGCCUUGCAAUUCUACAGGUUGGUGAUCGGGAUGAUUCAAACCUCUACAUUAGCAUGAAACUGAAGGCUGCUGCUGAGAUUGGGAUCAAUGCCAAUCACAUCAAACUGCCAAACACUGCAACAGAAGCUGAGGUGCUGAGGUGCAUCAACUGUCUGAAUGACGACUCUGCUGUUCAUGGAUUUAUAGUGCAAUUGCCUUUGGAUUCCAAAAAGCCCAUCAACACUGAGAAGAUAACCAAUGCUGUGGCACCUGAGAAGGAUGUGGAUGGCUUGAGCAGCGUUAACGCAGGGAAGCUCUCGCGUGGUGACCUUGGCGACUGCUUCAUUCCCUGUACGCCUAAAGGGUGCAUGGAGCUGAUCAGGCAAACAGGGGUUCAAGUGGCAGGCAAAAGAGCUGUGGUGAUUGGGCGUAGUAAGAUAGUUGGCGCUCCAAUGCAUGACCUCCUGCUCUGGAACCAUGCAACUGUAACGACAUGCCAUUCCAAGACCGCAUCCCUAGCUGAGGAGGUAAGCAAAGCAGAUAUCCUGGUGGUUGCAGCUGGCAAGGCUGAGAUGGUGAAAGGUGAAUGGGUUAAACCCGGUGCAGUAGUCAUCGACUGUGGAAUCAACUACAUACCAGACACCACAAAGUCCAGCGGGAAAAGGGUCGUGGGAGAUGUGGCUUACAGUUCGGCCAAGGAGAGAGCCGCUUACAUCACCCCAGUGCCUGGCGGUGUCGGACCAAUGACCGUUGCCAUGCUGAUGCAGAGCACGGUAGAAAGUGCCCAGCGUUUUCUAGAGAAAUAUCAGCCUGGCAAGUGGAAUAUUCAAUAUAACCAGCUGAGCCCUAGAACUCCUGUUCCAAGUGACAUUGAAGUAUCCCGAUCCUGUGUUCCUAAGCCCGUUGGCCAGCUGGCCAGAGAGAUCGGCUUGCUCUCAAAUGAGGUGGAGUUCUACGGUCAACUCAAGGCCAAAAUUUCGCUGUCAGCCCUGAGGCGCCUGAAAGACCAGCCAGAUGGCAAAUACGUUGUGGUGACAGGUAUAACACCCACACCACUGGGAGAAGGGAAAAGCACGACAACGAUAGGGCUAGUUCAAGCCCUAGGAGCACACCUUGGUCAGAAUGCAUUUGCCUGUGUCCGGCAGCCUUCCCAAGGGCCCACGUUUGGAAUUAAAGGCGGCGCUGCAGGAGGUGGUUAUUCUCAGGUUAUUCCUAUGGAGGAGUUUAAUCUCCAUCUCACUGGCGACAUCCAUGCCAUUACUGCAGCCAAUAACCUGGUUGCUGCUGCUGUUGAUGCCCGUAUCUUCCAUGAGGCCACGCAGUCUGAUCAGGCUCUCUAUUCCCGCUUGGUCCCUUCGGUUGAUGGCAUUAGGAAGUUCUCCGAUAUCCAGAUUCAGAGAUUGCAGAGAUUACAUAUCGAGAAAACGGACCCAGAGGCUUUGACAGAUGAUGAGAUAAACAAAUUUGUGAGAUUGGAUAUUGAUCCAGACUGCAUAACAUGGCAAAGAGUGAUAGACACAAACGACAGGUUUCUGCGGAAGAUCACUAUUGGCCAGUCUCUGACCGAGAAGGGGUUCACUCGCACAGCCCAGUUUGACAUCACGGUAGCCAGCGAGAUCAUGGCAGUCUUGGCCCUCACAGUCAGUCUGGAGGACAUGAGACGGCGCCUGGCCAAAAUGGUGGUUGCUUCCAGCAAGAAAGGUGUUCCAGUUACUACAGAGGAUCUGGGAGUCAGUGGUGCUCUGGCGGUUUUGAUGAAAGAUGCUAUUAAGCCAAACCUCAUGCAGACUUUGGAGGGCAACCCGGUGUUUGUACAUGCUGGUCCAUUUGCCAACAUCGCCCAUGGCAACUCAUCCGUCCUGGCAGACAAGAUUGCCCUGAAGCUUGUUGGCAAGGAAGGAUUUGUGGUGACUGAAGGGGGCUUCGGAGCGGAUAUUGGCAUGGAAAAGUUCUUUGAUAUCAAGUGCCGGUAUUCUGGUCUGCAGCCCCAUGUGGUGGUCUUGGUUGCCACCGUCCGAGCUCUGAAAAUGCAUGGUGGAGGGCCCACGGUCACAGCUGGAGUCCCCUUACCGAAGGAAUACACUGAAGAGAACCUUCCGCUUUUGGAGAGUGGUUGCAGUAACUUGCGCAAGCAAAUCCAGAAUGCCAGGACCUUUGGCGUCCCAGUCGUAGUAGCAGUCAACGCAUUCAAAUCUGAUACUGAGGCAGAGCUACAGCUGGUCUCCCGGUUGGCUAAGGAAGCAGGCGCUUUUGAUGCCGUGAAAUGCACCCACUGGGCUGAAGGAGGGAAAGGAGCUGUGGCAUUGGCAGCAGCUGUGCAGAGAGCAUCGCAGGCCCCGAGCAACUUCAAGCUUCUGUACAAUGUGGAGCUGCCAGUUCUAGAUAAGAUAAGAAUUAUUGCACAGACUAUCUACGGGGCAGAGGACAUUGAACUGCUGCCAGAAGCAGAACAGAAAAUUAUUUUGUACACCAAGCAGGGAUUUGGAAGCCUGCCCAUCUGCAUGGCAAAAACCCACCUGUCGCUGUCCCACGACCCAGAGCGGAAAGGAGUGCCGACAGGUUUUGUCUUGCCCAUCAGAGACAUCAGAGCCAGUGUGGGUGCAGGAUUCUUGUAUCCGUUAGUAGGAACAAUGAGCACAAUGCCAGGACUUCCCACUAGGCCUUGUUUCUAUGACAUUGACCUGGAUCCAGCGACCGGAGCAGUGACCGGCCUGUUCUAAAAUGAACUGACAAUCAAAAAUAUUCAAGCAAUGUCAGUUUGACAAAACCCAAACAAGGUACCUCAAGUGGACACUAGAAGCCUUCGGAAACAAAUUAAUCUCCUGUGUGUCGUUUUUUUUAAAAAGUGUUAAUACUGUAUUUUUUAAUUAGGUGACCUACUUUUUAGUUACUGCAGAUGAAAAUCUGCAUUAUGUAAAACACAGAGAGCGAUCACCAACAGUAGUCAUAUUCAAGAGUACAGCCAUGGAAAUCAAUGGAUUUAUAUCCAUUGAUGUCAGUGAGUCUCCUUUAGGCAUUCGCCUAAUGUAGGAUAUCACCUAGAAGCCUUUUUAAAAUGGGUUCCCAACGUGAUCUUACGAUGGUGAACAAAAAGCAAGAUGUGGUUUUAACUAGGGUUGCAACCCGAUUAAAGACAUUUUUAACAAAUUGUAUUAGUCUAUCUAUUAAAUAUGCAUAUGGGUAAACAGAAUAUUUCUAGGCAAAAGGCAUAUUUCCUUUUUUAUUUUAUAUGUGCAACAAGUCAGAAGAGGUAUUCUUUUUGAGAAAGAUACUGGGAGUAGGUCUCUUUUAAAAUGGUGCUUGCCAUCCACUGUUUUUAUAUUCGUAAUACUUUGUUAAAAAUCUGCCCAAUUAACUGGUGGGACCUUUUUUUUAGUUGGUUAAAAACAGAGCUUGGAAAAGUUACUUUUUUGAACUACAACUCCCAUCAGCCCCAGCCAGUAUGGCCACUGGAUUGGGCUGAUGGGAGUUGUAGUUCAAAAAAGUAACUUUUCCAAGCUCUGGUUAAAAAUAUAUUGUUUAUCAGUUAGUGUAACUGACAAAAUCGAUUUAAUCAUUGCAGCCGUAGUUGUGACAUCCUCUCUUUGCUCCUAAUAUACAAAAGGAGUUUGUUUGUGUCUUAAAUCUUUGCUCUAAUAAUGAAUGUAUCGCAUUCCUGUGGAAUGGCGUAGGCUGCUCUAAGUAUCCCAAGAUGCACAGUCAGUUCUAAAAGCCAGGACAGGGCUGCAUUCACUGAAGCAAUGCAGUUGGGAGGGGCCAUAGCUCAAUGGUAGAAGCACAUACUUUGCAUACCAAAGGUCCCAAGUUCAAUCCCUCAUACCUUUGGUUAAAAGGAUCUCUGGUAGCAGGCCUGAGACGUUAAGAGUUUUUGCUACUCAUCAUAGACCACGGUUAUCCACUGUGGUCCCUUCCAAAUGUUGCUGGAUUACAGCUCCCAUAAUCCCCUACCAUAGGCCCUGCUGGUUGGGGCUUGUGGGAAUUGGAGUCCAACAACAUCUGGAAGGCACCAUAUUGGCUAACUCCUUAGCAGACAAUGGCUGCUAGUCAUGGUGGUCAUAUACUACCUCCAGGAUCAAAGACAGUAUAAUUCUGAAUACCAGAUGCUGGAUAGGAUUGUUGCCCUCGAGUCCUGCUGGUUGGCCACUCUGGAAAAUAUGGUUCUGAAUGAGAUAGGCCUUUGGUCUGACCCGGCUGGGCUGCACUUCUGGCAGUACUGGCCUAGAUGGACCUAUGGUCUGAUUUGCCAUAAGGGUGCUUCGUACACUCACAUAUGUUUACAUAGUCUUCAUCUCCUAUUUGGCAGCAGUCAGCUCUUCAAACCAAUCUGAAUGCACAGACAGAUGGGGAUCCGCCAAGAGGAUAAACCUCCAUUUUUAAUUUUAGUUCCACUUUUGUACUCCUAGGAAGGCAGGGGGGAAAAAGGAUAGCUGGCAAGCAGGUUGGUGGCAUUGCAUUUGGCGCAGUAGGUCACAAGUGGUGCAGCCUUCUUCUGACUUACGUAACCAGUUAAAAUGAUGCAGGCAAGUGGGUGGAUGCUUAACAUAAGAACAUAAGAAGAGCCCGCUGGAUCAGGCCAGUGGCCCAUCUAGUCUAGCAUCGUGUUCUCACAGUGGCCAACCAGAUGCCUGGGGGAAGCCCGCAAGCAGGACCCGAGUGCAAGAACACUCUCCCCUCCUGAGGCUUCCGGCAACUGGUCUUCAGAAGCAUGCUGCCUCUGACUAGGGUGGCAGAGCACAGCCAUCACGGCUAGUAGCCAUUGAUAGCCCUGUCCUCCAUGAAUUUGUCUAAUCUUCUUUUAAAGCCAUCCAAGCUGGUGGCCAUUACUGCAUCUUGUGGGAGCAAAUUCCAUAGUUUAACUAUGCGCUGAGUAAAGAAGUACUUCCUUUUGUCUGUCCUGAAUCUUCCAACAUUCAGCUUCUUUGAAUGUCCACGAGUUCUAGUAUUAUGAGAGAGGGAGAAGAACUUUUCUUCAGUGACGACUGCCCACACAAUGGGGCAGAGUUGCCUAUCACCUGUGCAAUGCUUAUGUGGGUAGCUGUCUGAUACACUUGCACAUGCGUGGGCACACAUGCACACCCCCGUCUGAGUGCAUGCUCAUGUUUAUGCACCCAUUAUUCUAAUUAUGGUAGUCUCUUCCUUUUUGUGGAUCUUCCUCAUUGUAACUGGAAUAAGGAAUAUGUUUUCUGCUUAUGCUUUCAAAGCCAAACUCUCCCUCCCCUCCCCCCCCCGUUUACACUGCUUUAAAAUUCAUCUUUCUUUUUAACAAGCAUCUUGGCUUUCCCAACAGGCAUGAUACCUGGCACAUAUUCAACGCAGGCCACAACCAUAUAGGCCAAUGAAUUGUGCAGCUUGGCUGCCAGCCAGCCGCUGUAGCAAACUGUCCAGAUCUGCUGGGAUCCAUACGCUGCCCACCACUAUUCGUUGUUGUAUACUUUUCACUAUGGAUGUUCAGUGUGCCUUGAUUAUCCACACAACCGCACCUUUUUAAAAGUCCUGCUGGACUUAAUUUUGGCUUGCUCCCAAGACUGCUUGCUGUGGGAUUUGUUGGGCACCUGGCUUCAACCCAGAUCUGGAGUGUUUAUUUCAGGCCACGCUAAUCAUUGUCAGACAACAAGGAUGGCUGGGAGCUAUGUGGACUUGUACAGUGGAUGUGGAUGGCUUUCCAGGGAGAUCGCAGUGGCAUCCGCUGCAAAAGGGUUCUUUGUUUGCCUGGGAUGCUCUUCCACUCUGGGGACAUAGGAAGCUGCCUUAUACCGAGUCACGCUAUUGAUCUAUCUAGCUCAGUAUUGUCUACACUGACUGGCGGUGGCUCUCCAGGGUUUCAGGCAAGGAGUCACUCCCAGCCUCACCUGGGAUUGCUGGUAUUGAACCUGGGACCUUCUGCGCUCAAGACAGAUGCUCAGCCCCUGAGCUACGGUCCUUCCCCAAAUGUACAAAAUAUCUGAAUACCUAUCCUUAGAAUCCUUUUGCAGGUUCGACGGGAGAAAUUAAGAGAUGAUGGAGAAACAGUCCUUACUCUUUGCUUCUUUUAUUUCAUGGACAGCUCAAUAGUAGAGCAUCUCCUUUGCACAGUAAGAUUCGAUCCCCACCAUCUCCAGAGAGGGCUGGGUGAGACCUCAGUUUAAAAGUCCUGGUGACCCACCUCCAGUUCAGUGUAGACAGUACUGUGCCAGAUGGGCCAAUGAUUUGAUAGAGUAUAACAUGGCUUCCUAUGUUCCUGUUGUGUUUGUGGUGGGAAUUACUCCUCUUUGAAGUCCAUAUCCUGACCUCCCAAAGUGGCCAGAACUCUUGGUAUCUUCAUCAGCAUCACAUACAGAACUCUGAGUGCAAUCCUGAUUAUUAUUUUUUUAAUCUGAAAUCAAUCAAAGUCUUUGCCUUCAAUGGCCCUUGGAGGGCACCUAUUUCUACUUUGUGGGGAGACUGGGUCCCCUGCCCAAUACCUAAAGGAUGGGAAGUUUCCUCCUGCUGUGCCUCUUUAGUAGGUGCCUGAUGUUCAAAGCCAAACUUAGAUUUUGACCAGUGUAAAAAAAAAAUCUUUGUCCAAAUGAUCAAACAAGAUAGGAAUACUGUGUCAAAUAAAGUUUGUCACACAUCUUCCUUUUUCCACUCCCUACUCCCCAAAAGAUGUAUCACUUCCUAAUGUGAAAAUGAAAUUGUUGCCAGACUUGUAAUUAACACAAAUAAACUGCUGCAUCUUUCAAAA